AUGGCACGUACCAAGCAGACGGCACGAAAAUCUACAGGGAGGCAAGGCCCCCAGAAAACAGCUCGCUACCAAGCUGCUCGUAAAAGCGCACCAGCCACGGGUGGCGUUAAGAAACCGCAUAGAUACAGGCCAGGAACUGUCGCCCUCCGUGAAAUUCGGAGAUACCAGAAGAGCACUGAGCUUCUCAUCAGGAAGCUGCCAUUCCAGCGCUUGGUCCGGGAAAUCGCUCAGGAUUUUAAGACCGACUUGCGUUUUCCAGAGUUCAGCUGUCAUGGCUUUACAGGAAGCAAGCGAAGCUUACCUUUACUACUGACUGAACUUAUAACAUGUCUGGGACGUGGCAAAGGAGGAAAAGGUCUUGGAAAAGGAGGCGCUAAGCGACACAGAAAAGUCUUGAGAGACAACAUCCAGGGUAUCACCAAGCCAGCCAUACGCCGUCUUGCUCGCCGUGGUGGUGUCAAACGUAUUUCCGGUCUCAUCUACGAGGAAACUCGUGGAGUUCAUAAGGUUUUCUUGGAGAACGUGAUCCGAGAUGCUGUAACCUACACGGAGCAUGCCUAG